AUGUCUUCUUCCCUUGUUAAUGAAACCCAAAGGGGAAUCUACCCUCCGCCAAGAUUUUGGCGUUUGGAUCCUGUUUAUCGAACAAACGUAAAAAUAUUUAUACGAUAUAUAUUAAAUUUUAAGAUGAUUCAGUUUACGGAAGAAUUCAGAACCGUUCAAGGCUUUUUUUUUAGAAAUCAUCCAGUUAAAAAUGUUGAAAUAAUUGCGCCAAUAACCGGUAUUGAGAUUAUAGGGAAUAGCAUUAUUAAAUAUAGACUUGAAGAUGGAUCAGCUAGAAUCGAUUGUGUAAAUUUUGGAGAAGAUGGAAAAUAUAAUAAGUAUGUAAGGAAUCCAAAGUUUGACUUUGGAACACUUGUAAAGGUUAUUGGAAGAAUAAAUGAGUAUAAUGGAAAAAGAGAAAUUAUUUUUAACACGGGGAACAUAUGGGUCAUAAAGGAUCCUAACGAGGAGUUACUUCGGUGGUUAGAAAUUCUUAAACUAGUGGAAAAUGUUUAUUCUAAACCGUUUAUCCUGCCCAACAAUGCGAAUUUAACUGAUGAUAUCAGUGACAAAGAGGAGACGGAUGAAGACAAUGCUGAAUUUAUUGAUGUUAGUGAUAAAGAGGAGACGGAUGAAGACAAUGCGGAAUUGAAUAAUAAUGAAGCACUACACAUGAUGUCGACAUCAGAGGAAAGAUUGGAUGAAGACAAUGCAGACUUGAUUAAUGAUGAUGCACCGCUUAUAAUGUCGAUAUUAGAGAAAAAAUCCGAUGAAAAUAUGCCAAUAUCAAGUUCUUUAAUUUUUAAGAGAAUGAAAAUUUCGGAAGACUCAUCUUCGCAAAUAACAGAAGAUAUGUUUAUUAAUUCAAUUACGCGAUAUAUUUACAAAAAUCAUUUAUAUCAAUUUAGUCCAGUAAGAGUAUGUUUGUCUACUGAAUUAAAUGAUCUUGCUAAGAAAGUCAUCCCGAACCUAAGCACCAAACCUAAAAGUCGAGCUGUGUACACAUUGUUUACUGAUGCUUUGGAAGAGUUGGUGCGUGAAGGAUUUUUGAUUCGCGUGGAUGCAAUAUCUUAUUUUGUUCAUUCACAAUUCGAAAAUAUGGUAAAAAAUUGGAAAAAUAUAUGA